AUGCUCACAAGUGCGAACGGGAGCAUCGCAGAAAGGAUAUAUGUUCCCGACAACCUGUUGGCGUCGGUCUCUGCGACGGACGACGAGGAUCAUUGCAACCAUCAAAGAUUUACCUUAGGCGAGGAGGACCAUUCAGAGUGCGAAAUUCAUGUUCCCAAGAAGAGAGUGUCAACUAUAAGCUGGUCGGAUCACGGAGCAUAUCUGCCCACGACACAAUAUAGUCGUCUAAGCCAGACAGUCGCCAUUGAAGAAGGAAGGGAAGACGUAUCUCUCUCGGAAAACAGCAAAACGAAUGACGGCCCAUCCUGCCCCUCCACCGGAUCGAUCUCUCGAGAAGACCCUGUUUACAUUUCAUACGAUGCAGCGUCGCCGCAGGAUCCUCAGGGCUGUCAGUAUACUCGAGCGUCUCUUCACCCACGUGCACACAACAGGUUUAGCUAUCGGAACUCGCUACCGGUAGGCCAAGCCCUAAGGAGCACGCCGCGCGACAUACGCCAAGGCAGCGUCCGAAGUCUGUACAACAGGGCCGCCCUCGUUAAGAUCAAGCAUCAGCGAAGAUACUGGCGUCGGCUGCUGUUCGAGUAUGCAGUAUACACGGUCCUUGUACUGUUCGUGUACUUUGUUCUGAUCGGGGUACCUCUGUGGAAGGGAGCAGUAUGGUGGCUUCACUGGGUUAUGCAGAAAAAAACAGUCUUUCAGGGCGGCUGGGCGAUUGUCAUCGGUCUUCUCGUGUUCUAUUCGUAUACCCCCCUACUUACCACAUUCGAGGAAACCUCCCCUGGACCAGAGUUCUUCCAACAGCGCCGGAUUACUCCAAACCCCACGGACACUGCGCUCCUGAUCCCCUGCUACAGAUCGGCUCCCAUCAUCGGCAGAACGCUCGAGGCCGCGCUCCAAAUCUUCCCGGCAUCGCAUAUCUACGUUGUUGCCAACGGGAACUCGUCCCAACCGCUGGACAACACCGAGGAGAUCUGCCGCAGCUACGGAGUCAAUCACAUAUGGUCACCUGUGGGGUCAAAGAUUAUUGCGAUAUUCAUCGGUUGCUACGCUGUCAAGGACUUUCGUAACGUCCUCUUGAUCGACGAUGAUUGUAUCCUCCCGCCUAACUUCCCCGUAGUCGUGUCCCGCCUCAACGAAGAAGUCCGCUGCAUCGGCUACACGAUCAAAUCCGUCGGACCCGAUGCCUCGCGCGGAUCGUAUUGUCAGCAAGCACAAGACCUCGAGUACAAACUGUCCGGCCUGACUCGGUGCUUUGCGGGGCGCAUCGGCAGCGCUACAUUCCCCCACGGCGCCAUCUCACUGUGGGAACGGACGUUUCUGAAGCGGACCCUUCACAAUCAUCCCGGCUUUUCCAUUAGCGAGGACUGGUUUUUGGGUGAUAGCUGUCGGCGCCUAGGGGGCAGGAUCCAGAUGUGUAGCGCCGUCUUCGUGGAGACUACGACGCCCGCCUCCGUGCUGUUUGGCGAAAUCGACGAAGACCGAGGCGGAUUCGGCGAGCCAACGGUCUUCAAGCAGCGCUUCCUACGGUGGAACUUUUUUGUCGCCAAUGGCUUGUGGUACAACCUCUCGUACCUCUUCGCAUCGUGGAAGCUGGGUCGGUGGGAAUUCGCGACAAAGGUCUUGGUCAUUCAAGAGAUAUACGAGACGAUCCUGUACAUCAUCACGCCAUUUACCCUUCCUAUAUCGUUCAUUGUACGACCCGAAUUCUGUAUUGUCCUCAUAAUGUCGACAUUAGGGCUCUAUUUACUUCACGUCAUUAUAUUCAACGAGGUCCAUUUGCGUCUGAAAAAUGAGCGGAUUUGCUGGAAGGUUGUCAUUGGGUAUUAUAUGCCAUACAAGCUCCUGAUGACCGUGACCAACGUCGCCAGCUGUUACUGGUCGCUGGUCAAAUAUGCCCGAUAUUUUGCCCGACGACACCCGAAGCUUACCGAGGACCACAAGGCGGUUGGAAUGGUGUUGAAAUUGGAAGAAAUGACGGACAGCCCAGGGGGGGUGCCAAAGGGCCUGGGGAGGAGUCUGACCGUGAGAACCGUCGACGUCGAUGCUACUGUACCUAAUAGAGAUCUUUUCAUCGCCGAGUUGCCAGCGGAGAGAUAUCCUUCUGGUUGA